UUUCCCACCUGUAGCCAAAGUCCACAUUGUUUCAGGGAUGUUAGAAUACUAUCUUAAUAUUGGGGGAAAGGCUCAUUAGGCAGGUUGUUGAGAAUCACCUCCUCUCUCUCCAUCCUCCCACACCCACUCCCUCAAAUCCACUGGGGAGAUCUCCUGCUUCUGAUUGGUUGGUGAUGAGUCAACGAGGAGGGGGGGUGACGGGAACAAUGUCAUCAUGUCGCCUUUAAAAAGAGUGCAGCUAUGUUUGUGGUGAAAGGAAUCAGAACAGGGAGCAGAACGGACGAUCAGUAGCGGCAGAAACAGACGCGGCAGAUGUCCUGAAAGUGGAUCUGCUCCCUUCCCCAAAAAACAGUGCCUUCCGCUCUCCAUCCGGCAGAAACAUGCCCAGAGGAUUUUUAGUGAAAAGGAACAAGAAACCAAACCCGGUGUCGUACCGCGUCCGCGUCGAGGAUGAAGAGCCUUCAGCUGCUGCCGCGCCACCUCCACCUCCACCGCUCCUGCCGCGUCCCUCCUGGAUGCCUCUCGCAUCCUUCCCGGUGCGCGCACAGACUCCCACGUGCGGGGCGGUGGCUCCGGAGCGCGUGGAGAGACCGGUGCAGUUCGGUAACCCCGAGGCGGUGUACCAGGCUCUCUACAGCCCCACGCGCCCCGUCAGCCAGGACCACGAGCGCUCCUACGAGAGGCGCUUCAACCUCUCCGCAGCGUCCUUCCCCACCGGAGCGGCCCUCCCCGCGGCUCUGGACCGCCCCUUCGCCCCGGUGGAUCUGAAAAUCGGUUCCAGCAACAGCAGUCGCACCGGAACCUUCAGCGUCACUGCACCCACCGCGACGCUCCCCACAAACACAAAGCGGCAUUCAAGCGACACCGAGCGCAAAGGAAAACCAGCGUCCAAGAAAACCAAAACGAUCCGGAAACUGCACUUUGAGGAUAACGUCACCACGUCUCCGGUGCUCGGGCUCAAGAUUAAAGAGCCGGUGGACCGGAAGCCCCCCAGUCUCACCGGGGAGGAAUACAUCCCACUGGGGGAGUUCGUCUGCCAGCUGUGCCGAGAAGAAUACGCGGAUCCUCUCGCCCUCGCGCAGCACAAAUGCUCCAGGAUCGUGCGCGUGGAGUACAGGUGUCCCGAGUGCGACAAGGUGUUUAGCUGCCCGGCGAACCUCGCGUCGCACAGGCGGUGGCACAAACCCAAGCAGCAGCAGAGUGUCACGCAGCAGCAUUUGGAGAGCGACAAAUCUGCCGCGUCCGGUAAAACAGGAGCAGCUUUGGAUGAAGCGAAGGAUUCUAGUGACAGAGACACAACCAGCCCGGGACCCUCAGAGUCCGGAUCUGAGGAGGGGCUUUAUGAUUGUAACCAGUGCGGGAAAAAGUUUAAACGCCAAGCUUACCUGCGGAAACACCUGGCGUCUCAGCACUCUAAAGUAACGGAGGAUGACGAAGCGGCAGCAGCGGCAGCGGUGCGCGAACAGAGCGCAGCGCCGCUUAACCUGAGCGCCUGCCACCUGUGUCCGGUUUGCGGGGAGAACUUCUCGAACCGGGGCAGCCAGGAGCGUCACGUCCGCCUGCUGCACUCCUCCCAGGUGUUCCCGUGUAAAUACUGCCCCGCGGUGCUCUACAGCUCCCCGGGGCUCACGAGACACAUCAACAAGAGCCACCCGUCCGAGAACCGGCAGGUGAUCCUGCUGCAGGUCCGGUAAUCUGCUUUCACACCGGGACACACAUCCCGAUCUGUUCCUGAGAGGGGUUUAGAUAUACACUGCAAAAAUAUCGGUUUUAUUUCAAAGUUUGGGCUGCUAAAAUCAGACUUUUUGGUAAAAUUGAGUGAAAAAUACAUGGCACUUUGGCUGGAGGCAGUAACUCCUGAUCUCAUUUCUCCAUAGUUUUAGUUCUGUGGUUAAAAAUCAACAAAUGUUUCUGCUAUUUUUUAGAUUUUCAACAAUCUGAACUGUACAUUUCUUCAACAUGUUUGCAAUAAUAUUGGAUACUAAUUCAAAAAAGUGCUCUUAUAUUAUUAUUAUUAUUAUUAUUAUUGAUAUUAUAGACAAAUAAUUGUAAAAUAAUCAUGCCUUUUAUUCAUAGAGCAAAUACCCUUUAUAUAUCCAUGGUACAAUUAAUUAAAUAAUACAAAAAUCAUCAUAAUAAAUUAAUAAAACAGACAAUAUUAAUUACAAAUUAAAAGUAGCUCAUAAUAAUAUAAAAAUAAUGAGGAAUUAACCCAAUUUUCAAGCCGAUAUAAUUCAGUUAAACAGAGAAAUGAAAGGAUAUUUUUUGCAGUGUAACUCCUCCUCAUGGUUGAAAUUCAGUGCCUUGCGUGCCCGUGCGUGUUUGGCCCCACACACACCCACACACACACUGACGUCAUGCUUCACUUAAAGCCUGUUAGACUGUUCAUUUAUUUUUCUAGCAUCUCUGCACAAGUGCUAUUAGCUUCUAGACCUAAGAGAGGGGACGACCUGUAGCCGAUUUGAAACCUGAUCUCAUCACUCUGAUUAGCUCGUGGAUCAGUAGCUGUUGCCUGAACACAAGAAAUAUUCAAACUAGAGUAGCCGGUAAUGCCUUUUGGGUUAGAAACUCCUGCUGUAAAACUGCCUUAAUCUGUCUCUUCAACACGUAUUUAUCACGGGGCUGGGUUUGUUUUUAUAACAAAGCCUUUCUGUAUUACCUAAACUGUUUUCUAUUUAUUUAUGUAUUUAUUAAUUUAUUUGUGUAAUUUAUUAUUGUGUGGUCUGUGAUGUAUUGUCUUCUUUAAUUUAUAAGAGGGGGGACGGUGCACCGUUCGAGUCUCAUUAUAGCAAUCACUGGCUCGUACCGGCCGCUCCUGAAUAAACAAAUGCAAUCAUUGAUUCUUAUUUUCUAUUUAUGUCGUUAGCUCUUAUACACUAAACUGCUUUGGAUGUUUUUUGCAGUGUUUUGCUAAAUGUCCAAAUAUAAUAAAAACCAAACUGAGAAAAAA